AUGAGGGCGAGCGGGCACCCGGGGCGGAGAUGGGGCUGGUACCUGAGAAAAGGCGGCCGGGAGGCUGGUGGUGAAGCGAGACGGUGUGGUGGGAUGUCGACUUCUUGGGAAGUGGGCAAGCGACUUUUUGAGCAGCGCUGCUCAGCUGCAGGGAAGGGCGAGUGUGCUGGAGGGGGACUGGACAAGGAGAGAGGUCGGUCUGAGAAGACUGUAAGGUGGCACAUUGAACUACAACCAUGGGCAAGUCCAACCCCUUCCCUCAACUAUGAGGCCUCAAGAUUCCUAAAGUACAUUAGCACUUCUCAGAUUUCGUGUGAGCACAUGAACCUGAACAGCUUGAAAGGGUACUCUGAAACCACAAAAAAGCCCUGGUCAGUCUGUCUUGAUGAGAGGUUUAGCCUCAUCCAUCGAAUCAGAAGCAAGAAAUGCCGUCUCUAUUCACUUGGGUUAGGCAACGAUGACAACCAGUUUGAGCUAAGCAUGGCCAACAGUGGGUGUGAGGUGCAUCGCUUUGACCCCAGCAUCAAGUCAGCUCACAUCCAGCAGGGCCGGCACCUCUGGCACCAUCGGCUCUCCAUCGACUGGAGGGAUCCCAACCCCGCCAUCGCAGCUCACAAACUCCACAGCAACACUAAGAAGCUGGGCACAGUGCUGAAUGAAUUUGGACAUCAGAAGAUUGACGUCCUCAAGGCAGACGUGGAGAGCGCCGAGUGGAAAAUUUUGGAAAACCUGAUUCUGGAAGAUGUUGUUGAGCAGAUAGGACAGCUGGUCUUUGAGGUGCACAUGCACUGGCCUGGGUUUGAGGUCAGUGGCAAUGACAGCACCGUGGUGCGGUACUGGUACAGCCUGCUCCGAGAGCUGGAGCUCAAGGACUUCAGGCUUUUCCAUACCUACAAAGACUUAUCAAAACCACAGAUGUUUCUGAAAAAGGAAGCCUUCAACGCCAGUAGCUGUUACACACUGAGCUGGGUAAAUACAAGAUGGAAAUAGCAGAAAGGAGUUUAUGAUGUGUGAUUGCAAACCAUCUGGUCCCGGAGCGUUAUUGAAGAGGAUUUUGGUGUCACUGGCUAAAGUUGCUCAAUAUGCACUCCGUGACUGCUAACAAAAUGAACUGGCUUUUAUAUUUAUAUGUUGUCAAAAGAACUGGCAAUAGGGGAAGAUAGAUUGUGUAGCAAUUUAUUUCCCAGUGGGUACAUUGUCCCAUUGAGGACAGAGGUUUCUGUAAAGGUUUGUCUAGGGGAGCAUGAGAGCAUGGCUUUUCCAGGCUGCCCCAUGCCUGAACAUGCCAGCAAGGAGAGCGUCCCUCUGGAGCUGCCCUGGGAAGCUCUGCUGACUGAGCUGGACCAGCCCUUGGGCAGGAGAGUGCUUGGGAUGAGGUGUCUUUUUAAGAAAGUGUCAAGUGUUACUUCUCUGUAAAGUGAUCAUCUUUGAUUUGCACCUUUUUUACUGAGGCCUUGUUUCCUAUGGAACAAACUUUAGGCAAGAACAGAAUGUUCUUGAACCCACUGGCAAAUUCCAGCUGAAUUUGGCAGAGACAGAAACCACCACCAAACUAAGUUCCUACCUAUUUCUUUGGGCAACUUCUGAAUGCCCUGACUUAUGUUUUUUAAGGCAGUCUGCCUGCAGAAAGUGACUUCAAUGCUUCUGACAUGGGAGACAAAGGGACAGAGACAUUCAGCUGCUGGAUAAGCUGCUGCCAGAACUCCCUCAUCCUCAAGAGUCUUCAGCCACAGAAGACAGGGCUUCCCUAGUUCAUCUGCUCAAAGAACAGCUUGAUUGAAAAUAGUCCUACAAUGGCUGCAGCAAGUGGUUUUUGAUCUAGUGAGAUACAUGUAAGAGACAAAAGUGCAACCUGGUCUUUUUUGGUUUGGGGUUUAGUUGAAUAUUUCCUGGUGCCUUUUCCAGUUCUGUGCCUCACCACCUUGCCUCUCCCUGGCAUAAGGAGGCCAGACCCUGCAUCUGCACUGAUGCUGGCAGAGGUGGUGCCCUGGACUGCAGCUAUGCUGGAGUUCUGCACACUGGAAUUGUCUGCAGUGCCCCUGGGAGCCUUUGACAUUCCCCAAAGAGCUAAGAAAUUGGGGGAGAUAAAAAUAUAUAGCAGGUUGGAUUUUUUCUUAUCUUUAGACGAAUUUUGAUCUUAAACUUUUCAUUAAAAUACAAGAUGUCACCACUUUCAUGUCUUUUGCAUGUGGGCUUUUUAACUGCCUUUGGUUUCCAACUUCUCCAAGUCUGCAGCUUCCUCAAGGGAAGUGGUGGAGGGGGAGAUCCUGAUCUCUUCUCUCCAGUCACCAUGUCAGGACAUGAAAAAAUGGAAUUAAAAAAAUGGAAUUAAACUGUUUUAGUGGAAGUUCAGAUGGGUUAUGAGGAAAAGGUUCUUUACCCCAGAAGGUGGCCAGUCACUGGAACAGGCUUCCCAGGGAAGUGGUCAUGGCACCAAGCCUGUCAGAGUUCAGGCAAUCUCUGCAUGACUCUCUUACUAACCUGGUUUAGUUUUAGAUCCUGUGAGGAGCAACGAGUUGGUCUUGAUGAUCUUCAUUUGAUCCCUUCCAACUUGAGAUAUUCUAUGAUUCUAUAAAAGUAGCUCCUGUUUCUGCCCCUGCACAUCCCACCUGGGCCAGGGCUUUGCAGACACCCAGGGCAGGGCAGUGUGGGCGCCCACCGUGUCCUCAGCUCUGCAUCAAAACCAAGAUGACCUGAUACAGAUGUGUACAAUUCCCCAUGUCCAAGACGUUGAGCACAGCACUCUCCUCAGGGCUGAGCUACCUAUUGCCAUCCCUGAACCAGGUAAUGCACAAUCCAAGAGAUCCACAACCUCUGGAAAACGAGUAAGAAAUGCCUUUGUGAGAGCCAGCCUUGCUACAAGCCUCAUACAUUAAGUACUGAAGUUGUUUAAUGAUGCAGAGCCACGAGGAGAUUCAUCAAAAUGCAGGAGGCUGCCAGGGUUUCCUAAACUAAUAUCUGGUGUGUUGGAAUGGCCAUGCUCGCUGCACUGCAGAAUGGCUCAACUCCCAUUUUUCAAAUAAUGGGGUGGCAAAAGUCCAGCUGCAAGUCCUGAUUUGUUAAUGAAGUAUAAAAAUAUGGAUUCCUGCACUGUGCAGGUUUUUGUUCCUAACUAGUAUUAGAGUAAGUAGCCUAGUAGCUUAUUAUCAUUUGUUUAAGAAACCAAUAGAAAGAGGCUAAAAAAUAAAUUACAUGACCUCUCUCA